AUGGUUGGAGAACACUUCGACGGGGAUGUCGGACGCGAAGCGCCUCCGCGCCUGAACUACGCGCAGCACCAGCACCACUUCGGGUCCGCUGCGCGCCGCAGGCCGGCGACGUCCCGCCCCGCCGUCGCGAUGCAAGCGGAGCCGGGCGCGGACGCUGACGAGCACAUCGCUCUGACAGCCGUCCACCGCCCUCCCGACGCCACCAUGCCGCGCACAGCGAGCCCGAACCACCACGGCCUCACAACUCGCGCCGUGGCCGCUGGCAUCGCGGUCGGCUCGAUCCUCUGCUUCAGCAACACGUACUUCGGACUCCAGACAGGCUGGGUCACCAUGGGCUCCCUGCAAUCGGCCAUUCUCGGCUUCGGCCUCUUCUCCCUUGCCGCGUCGUGUUGCAAUCGCGCCCUCGGGUUCGACGAAGCCGAGAACGUCGUCCUCCAGACGUCCGCCGUCGUCACGGCCACGAUGCCGCUCGCCGCAGGCCUCGUCUCCAUCGUCCCAGCGCUCUCCAUGCUCGAACCGGCGGACCUCCCGCACGACGGACAUGGCGCUGACGGCGGCGGCGCGGCCGCGAUCGUCUUCGGACCGGUCGGGCUCGUGCUGUGGACGGCCACGCUGUGUCUGCUGGGGGUGUUUCUGGCACCCCCCCUCCGGCAACAGGUCAUUGUCCGCGAAAAGCUACAGUUCCCUUCCGGGACGGCGACGGCGAACGUGAUCCGCGUGCUGCACUCCCACGCGCGCCGGGCCGCGGCCGCGGCGGCCGGGGCGUCUCCGGGGCCGAGUCGGGCCGGCAGCGGCGCUGCAACGCCGCAGAGACCCCCCGGGGCGUUGCCGCACGUGCGGUCCGCGGCGGUGCUCGGCGGGCCGGUGGGGCCGCCGCGCGCGGACGCGCACGACUUGCCGACGACGGCGCGGGGCGGCGAGGGCGGCGCGGGCGCCGACCCGGACAGCACGUGGCGGCUUUUGGGGAGGUGUUUUGCGGGGGGGUUCAUGUACACGGUGGCGAGCCACCUGCCGCGGCUGGGGUGGAUGCGAUCGUUCGACGUGCUGGGGUGGGUCGGCGUGGGGCGUGCGGCGGCGUGGGGGUGGGUGUUGCAGCCGUCAGCAGGGUACAUUGGUCAAGGUAUAAUCAUGGGACCUCGGACGGGGUUUUCAAUGCUUGGGGGGGCCGUGGUGGCGUGGGCGGUGGUGGGGCCGCUGGUCACAGCGGCGGGGUGGGCGCGGGGGGAUCCGGGCGACUGGAAGGAGGGUGCAGCAGGGUGGUUGCUGUGGCCGGCUAUGGCGGCAAUGCUCGGCGACACGCUCACCUCGCUGGCGAUAUUCGUGCUGAAACAGGCCGUGGCGCUGCGGCGCAGCCGCACGGACAGGUGGGGGUGUGCGCCGGACACCCCCUCCUGCUCAGCACACGUCCCAGCCCCCACACCGCGGCGGCGGCAGUCGGGCAGCUCCAAGCUGCCGGGCGAGAAGGGCGCGGACGCGCAGGCGGACGAUAGGGGCGGCGAAGUUGCGCACGUUCAUCCGGAGGUGCCGACGUGGGUGUGGGUGUCGGGACUGGCAGCGUCGACGGUGCUUUGCGUGGGAGGGCAGCACUUGCUGGUGGGGACGAAGAUCUACGAGCUCGUCGCGGCGGUGGCAUUCGGAGCGAUGGUGUCGUUGCUGGCCGUGCGCGCGCUCGGCGAGACCGACAUCAACCCUGUGUCAGGCAUCGGGAAGCUGUCGCAGCUCGUGUUCGCGGUGCUGGCGCCGGGGAACGUCGUGGCGAACCUCGCAGCUGGCGCCAUUGCGGAAGCUGCAGCGACGCAGGCGGGCGAGAUGAUGCAGGACUUCCGCGCCGCGCACCUCCUCGGAAUCGCGCCGUGGCCGCAGUUCGUCGCCAUGGCCAUCUCCUGCGUCGUGUCGGUGCCCAUCGCCUGCGCUGCGUACAGCUUGUGCACCUGGGCCUGGCAGGUGCCUGGGCCUGAGCUUCCGGCUCCGACCGCCGCGAUCUGGCUCGGCAUGGCGCGGCUGCUCUCCGGCGGCGCGAUGCCGACGGGCGCCGCCACCGCGGCGUUGAUCGCCGGCGUCCUCGGGAGUGUCAACCAGCUUGCGCACUCUGCCGCCGCCGACGCCGCGGCCGACGCAGCCGAUCGCGGCACGGCCGGGCUCCCGGCAGCCGAAGGCUCCCUUGACGCGUGGGGUAUGCCGGGCGUGCGGGUCCCGACACCACUCGCGCGCACGUGCGCAACCUGGCUGCCCAGCGGAGUGGGUGCGGCGGCGGGGGCGUACCUUCCGGCGCGCUUCACGAUUCCGCGCGUCAUCGGUGCAGCGAUGGUGUUUCUGCGGUCGCGCGAACGGGGGCCGCUGAGAGCGCUCGGGGACCAGGCCGUGCUGGUGCUGGCGUCGGGGCUGGUGCUGGGGGAGGGCAUCGGGGCGCUGGUCGUGGCGGUGGGGCGCGCCGCGACAGGAAACGCCGACGGUGCGUGA